AUGGCUGCCAUGUCCAAGUACCAGACCGUCCUAUGGGAAAGGCAGAUCGAAAAGCAGAUUUUGGCUCGGAUCGACUUUCUCUUCUCUAACAUGUUCCCUUCCGGUGUCGUCUUCAACAUCAGCAUCUACGGAGAGCCCGAAGCAUAUGGCGUCGAUGUCAACUGGAAGAUGGGUUCGACGGAUGCUUCUUGGGAUGGGUUGAUGCGCUACGAAUUCGGGGAUACUGUAGAGAUGGUCUUAGAGCAUCUGCUGGGAUACCUGCGUACGCAGUCGGUGGAGGAUCUUUGGUCGUCGGUACAGUCUCCUCACCUCGUGGAGAGCAUCAAGAAAGCUAAGGAAGACAACGAAAAGGCUGAAGAAGACCUCAGAGAGGCUGAAGAGGUCUUCAAGAAGGCCGUAGAGGUACUCCAGAAGUCUUCGACGGACCGCAAGAAAGCCGGGGUACCGGAGGAAGGCGAUUUCCCCGACAUGGCAUACUGUUUGGUCUUGCUCGAGGAGAUCACUGAGUAG